AUGAAGUUCUCCGGCUUCCUCCUAGUACCCUUUCUGGCCCGUAUCAUCGCGGGCCAACUUAUCGGCCCUGUUGGACCAACAACUGAUCUCAAAGACAAAACAAUCGAAUGCAACAUUAUUGAUUAUGGCGCAGUGGCCGAUAAUGCGACCGACAUAUCCACUGCACUGGAAAGAGUCUUCUCGGACUGUGUUCUCAAGAAUCCGGGUAGUCGACUCAUUGUGCCCGAAGGAGAAUAUUUGAUUGAGCGAGGCGUGACUCUUAGCAAUGGCACAAACUGGGCAUUCCAGCUCGAUGGGCUGAUUACCGCUGCAUAUGGUGGCAACUGGAGUAUUUCGCGUGAGUUGGUACUCGAAGGAUUCGCAGGCACCGAGAUCAUCAAUGCAACUAUCAAUGGAGAGGGCGAUUCUAAAUUUUUGCUAGAUGUGCUUGUCAUCGUUAAUGCUGUCGAUUUCGAGUUCUACUCUUCCAAUGGCAAAGGUGCAUUUCAAGGACAGGGAUAUAUCUAUCGGAAUCUCGACAACACCGACCGUCCACGCUUGGUUCGCCUGAUAUCUCCGACGAACGCCUCAGUCCACGACUUGAUACUGGUCGACAGUCCCAAGUUUCACAUUAUUCUUGAUUUUGCCGUCAAUGUUGAAGCGUAUCAUCUGACCAUUCGCGGAGCUAACUUGGGUAGCUACGAUGGUAUUGACGCCAUUGGAACAAACUACUGGAUCCAUGACAACGAGGUGACCAAUCGCGACGAGUGUGUUUCAGUGAAAAGUCCCUCUCACCACGCCUUGGUUGAAAACUUGGUGUGCAAUCAAGCGGGCUCCGGCAUAUCUAUUGGAAGUUUGAAUGUGUCCGCUGAAAUAUCAAACAUCGAAGCGCGCAAUAUCAGCAUUAUUCAAGGUAACAACAUUGCCUUUAUCAAGACCUACCCUGGAGGAUCAGGCUACGUUACGAACGUCACUUUCUCCAACUUCCGCUCUUUGGCCAGCCUCUACGGCUUAGAUAUCAACCAAUACUGGCAAAACACCUUUGAACCUGACACUGGUUCAGUCGCCCUGAGUAAUCUAGUUUUUAAGAACUUCUCAGGUUCUGUUGCCAAUGGAGUGACGCGGCCUCCACUCUAUCUGAUUGCGAACGAUCUAACAUUUGCUACCAAUGUCACGGUCGAAGACUUCACAGUGUGGACAGAAUCAGGUACUUCUGUUGUGAACAAGAUCAGCAACAUAUUUGGUAUCGGGGAUGAUAGUUAUGGAUCAAAUGACGGUAUCAAGUCGCUCGGUCAGGGAGAGUCGCCUUCAGCCUAUACCAGUACCUAUACCGUCACAGCAUCUCCGACCAACUGGGAGGCGCCUACUACUCCAACAUGGGCUUUGCCUAGUACGGGAUAUGGAACGGCAUCUCCCAUCCCGGUCUAUAGUCCGGCUCCUCUAUGGCGUCCAGGGGGAGUAGAUUACGAUUUGCACUACUGGGGAAGCUUCUGA